GCCCCGACAUCUAUCGGCUAAAUUGUUUAUUAAACUAAAUAGUCAAAUUGAUCAAUCUGCGAGUGGAUAUUUUUUAUAUUCGACAAUUGAAAAAAUAAAACUUUUGCAAGUUUCAUAAUGGCAGGUGUCCGACUUGCUGCCCCAUUGAGAGAACUGCGUAUUCACUUGUGCCAGAAGGGCGAUUCCAGCAAAGGAAUUAGGGAGUUCUUGCAACAAAAUUAUGUGGGCAUGAAGAAAACCAAUCCUAAGUUUCCUAUUUUAGUCCGGGAAUGUUCUGGAGUUCAGCCACGAUUGUGGGCCCGUUUUGAUAAAGGUGUAGAAAAGAGUGUCUCACUGAACAAUCUUAGUGCAACUGAUGUUUUGGGACAAAUCAAAACUAUUUCUGGUGCAUGUUAAUUUACUAUUGAUCACAUCCAUGAAAUGAAAAUAUAGUCAACAAUUUGAUUUACUUAUUGCUAAAUAUAUAAUUUACUAGUUACACACAA